UCAAUUCCUCUAUGCACGGCUCCCCAAAACUAAAUGCUAAGAUGUUUGAUAUGAUAUGUAAAUAUGAGACGAUGUGACGAAAUGACUCAUGCACUCAUGAUUGUCAAGAUUAAGGAUUUUUUCAAUCUCAAUCCCAAUCCUCGCACAAAAUAUUUCCUAAAAUUGCUUCCAAUUGUUUAGCUUAUUUACCAGAAAAUAAAAUAAAUUUUAAAAUUACCAAUGAUGGAGACGAAACAUUCCAUCUUCUUCAUUUUCCUCCUCUCCUCCCAACUAAUCUCGACUUUAGUAACAAAUAGAAAAGUGCGACUCGAAAAUCUAAAAUUUCUCGAAAAACUUGAAACUGGAUUAAAAAAUCAAAUUUUACGACAAAUUUUACGCCAGUGUACAAGCUGCCCUUGAGGAUUCUGCCCACAUGGAGAAGAUCUUUGAAUUUUUCGACUCAAGCGAUUUUUCGAAAAAUGAACCAGAUUGGAAUCGUGCCAAGGAGUUGGAGCAUUUCAAAGCGGUCAUGUCCAGUGAGGGGGAUGAGGCAGAAAAAUUCGCGUAUUUGGAAAUUGUCUUGAAGAAAUUGGGAGUUCCGAGAUUGAGUGAAUUAGAAGAGAUUUACACGAUAAGUGAAUCUCUCCAGUUUCUCGUGGAUUAUUACAAGAAUGCUGUCCAGGUUUCAGAUAAGUCUCCAAACUCGUCGCCUCUCUUACCUCAAAGUGCAGAAAGCUUGCAAAUUUUAUUCCAAGAACAGGAGAAAUCUGUACAAAUCCUUACAUCCAUUUGCGAUGGGCACGAGGAAUUACGAGAACGCGUCCAAAAUAGAAAAAUCGAUGCAACAUCGUUUUUUCAGGAUUAUGAAAACAGGGAAAUCCAGCAAUUUCAGAAAUAUCAAGCUCUCGCUGCCAGUGGUUUCGAUGCCAUGAAAUCUGCAACCUCGAAAGACUCAGAAAUUACUGUGAUCGUCAAAGAGAUGAACAAUCUAAGUGAAAUGACGAAUAUUGUGAAAAAGCACGCGUUUAAUGUCAAUUUACAAAUCGGGCUUUCUAUCUUCAAACCUGUCAAAGAAGGACAGCCCGUUAACUUGGACAUUAUGGAAAAGCUUACAAAAUUCUACGUCACAAUUGAGGGUCUCAGGAAUAUUGUUCUUUUGGAGAAAGAUUUCGCAAAGAGAGAACAAUUGCGAGAAGACCUUCGCGUGGAGGAGCAACUUUUGGCCGAUUUUCUGAACCAGGACGACACAUCUGAGCAAAUCCUUAACUUCAUGGAAGGAACGAGCGCUUUCUUGACCAGGGCGUCUGAAAAUGUGAUAUCGCUCGAAGCAAUUCAAAAAGUCAUAUUGCAAUAUGUGAAAAAGAUGGGCAAAUUUGCAACACAAGCCAACCAACUAAUGUCCAAAUCUUCCGAUCAUUUGAAGAAAGUGGGAGAAAUUUUUAAGAAAUUAAACGAGGGCAAAGUUCGGACUGAAUUUUAAACUUAUACAUUUACAUAUGUAAUAAGUGCAGUUAUAAAAUCGACCGAUUUAUAGUAUUCGCAAUAAAUUACGUAAAAGAUCCA